GAAAAAGAAAAUCCAGAGAAUUCUAGUCUUGCAAAUGUAGUGAAAUCGAGCGGUUGGAGUUCGUUUGCUCCAGAAGAGCAGAGAAGAAAGAGGAUAUUAAUGAAAAAAAGCGAGAGAGGUCUGUAGCCUUUUUUUUUUUUUCCCUGAUAGUAGCGGUGUUUUAGAGGUAAAAUGAUUCCUCCGAGCAGCACGACCGAAGUCAGCGUGGACAGCGUGGAGAAAGAGAAUGAAGUGGACAGCACAGAGCAGCCCCCUUCUCCAGCAUCAACUACCAGCCAGGAAUCAAAGCUGCAGAAACUGAAACGAUCACUCUCCUUCAAGACCAAAAGCUUGCGGAGUAAAAGUGCAGACAAUUUCUUCCAGAGGACUAAUAGUGAUGUGAAACUGCAAGUAGACUUGAUGCCUGAGGUGAGCACAAGCACUGGGCAGCUCCCCAGCUCAGAGAGCCAAGCGUCCUCCCCUACCAGAGCCCAGCAGCUGCCAGAAAACAACAAGUCUCACAUCUUCCAGGAGCACAUCUUCAAAAAACCCACCUUCUGUGAUGUCUGCAACCACAUGAUUGUUGGGACCAACGCUAAGCACGGACUACGCUGCAAGGCUUGUAAGAUGAGCAUCCACCACAAGUGUGCAGACAGUAUUGGACAGCAGCGCUGCAUGGGCAAGCUGCCAAAGGGAUUUCGACGGUACUACAGCUCACCACUACUCAUUCAUGAACAGUUUGGCUGCAUCAAAGAAGUGAUGCCUAUUGCCUGUGGAAAUAAGGUCGACCCUGUGUAUGAAACUCUCCGCUUUGGGACUUCCCUAGCUCAGAAAACCAAAAAAGGCAGUUCUGGAAGUGGGUCUGAGUCUCCCAACAGGAACUCUACAGCGGACCUGGCAGAAGUUCCUGAGGAAGGUGAUAGCUCUGCAGGCACCCUUGACACAAGCAGGAAACGCAGCAACAGUGUGUUUACAUACUCUGAAAAUGGCACAGACCACUUUGGAGAAGAACCAAAAAGUAUAAAUUCCCCGGGACCAUUUUAUAAAAGCACGUUACAAAUGAACACCUAUGUUGCCUUGUACAAAUUUGUACCACAAGAAAAUGAAGAUUUGGAGAUGAGGCCAGGAGAUAUGAUCACUCUUCUGGAAGACUCCAAUGAAGACUGGUGGAAGGGGAGAAUUGAUGACAGAACUGGAUUUUUUCCUGCAAACUUCGUUCAAAGAGUACAACACGAUGAGAAGAUUUACAGGUGUAUCAGGACAUUCAUUGGCUGCAAGGAACAGGGACAGAUAACUCUGAAAGAGAACCAGAUUUGUGUCACUUCUGAAAAGGAACACGACGGCUUUAUCAAAGUAUACAGCGGGAAGAAAAAAGGCUUUGUCCCCAUAGACAUCUUAGAAAACAUCUGAUUUCAACAGCCUGCUUGCUGCAGUAGGAGCCCUUUGUUGGCAAUGCCUGUCUGCCUCAUCUCACACUGUGUCAACCCAGUCAGGCUGUCUUGCAGAUGUUCAGGGAAACAGUGAGAAAACUGCAACUACAAGAAGAAAAAGACAUUUAGACUGCCACAGCAACAUUAAGAAAUUAGAAAAGUGGAAUGUUUGAAAGAAAAUAUAGUCAGAAACCACUAGGGAAACGAGAGGUCCUUGGAUACUCACAGGAAUAAGAUAAAGAAAAAAUAAAAUCUGGGCUGAUUUCUAGUGCAAGACGGCUGUUACAACCCUGAUGGAGACAGACAGCUUGUUCUGAAGGACUAAACUCGUGUCCUGUUCUUGUGUCUUACAAAACUGUUGGACUGCUUUCUUGUUUGAAGUGUGUAUUUAGGGGGGAGGGGGUAAAAUACCAUUCAAACUGUCCCUGUACUACAGUCCAAUGCUUGUAGUCAAGUGUGGCUGUGGUUCUACAGUUUUGUCCCUGGUAUCAACCGCUCAGUUUGAGCACGUAAUCCUGGUGUGUAGUCUCAUAAGAAAGCAGUUUGGAGACACCAUGUGAACGUCAGCCCAAGAAACGCACUGUGCCCUGGAAGUCGGCAGCUUUCUCUUUCUGUGCAAUCUUCCCAUAUGAAAGAGUAGCAAAAUUUUUGUGUCCUUUGUUGUCUCUGUACAUGAACAAAAGCUCUCAGCAUGUGUCGGGUGUGAUGGCUGCUCUCAUUGCUCAAAAACAGCUGGUCCUCCAGCUAUUCACAAGCCUGUUUGGAGGCACCCUUCUGUGUUUCUGCACCUUUGCCUGGUGAUACAGGCAGUGGGUGAAGUGCUGAGAGAGAGCCACAGGCUUGAAACGUUUUAUAUUUUUUUUGUGUUUAUUGCACUUACAAUAUUUUAUAUAUUAAUCCUAUUUAUAAAAAAAUAAAACAGUUAACUAACCCCCUGGAAGUCUGAAAGUGCUAGGAAAGGACAGACUGCACACAGAAAUGAAGUCUCUAGUUAUCAAAAUCCAGAACUUGUGACAGAAAAGCACUGAGUGUCUUAGCAUUGUGUUCACACACCAAAGGCGUCUUCUUCAUUUGCUAGAUAGAUGUUUUGCAGAUUCAGCAGUAAAUACACUGCCAUUGAUUCCUCCUUGGCAUAAACCACCUGAGUAUCCUGUAAAACAUCUCCACCCCAGUGACACUGUGCACACCAGGCCUGGUUUGUCCAUGUAAUCCUUCAUCUUCAAAGAUGUCUUGGACAUGUGAAUCUUUUGGUACCUGGAGAGCAGUCUGUGGGAACUGUGGUUCUUGUCCAAGUUGUACAUGUCAGCCAGUGCCAAUCCUGCUGUAGAGCAAGGGCCUUAUGAGGCCCUGUUUAAAGACAGGGAACCUAAUUUCCAAGUAUUUAAUUGGAUGUAAUUGCACCAAAUACAUUUAAACAGCUUAGCAUGUAUUACAAUGCAGAGAUUAAGUCCUAUCCUAAAGCUCCCUGCUGAAUUCAUGCCUUAUUGGACCAUCUUGAGACUGAAUGCUAGUCUUUAAAGCAAUUAACCACAAAUUGAUGUCCUAAAUCUUCAUACUGCAAAAAGAAAUUCACAUGCUGCAGGGCUGCCCUAUUUGAAUAGCUGAUCUUAUACAAAGCCUUAUGAAACCCAGUGCCACUCUACACAUGACCAGAAGUUCACAGAGCAGAUCAAUCUUCAACCUCUCAGAGAGGCAUUUUGCAGCUCGUGUAUCUUGUAUUUAGUAUCACUCAAUUAUAGGGGAGGAAGUUGUAGGGUUGUCAGCUGCUGAAACGUGGUCCUUCAUAAUGUAGAGUGGUCUAUACCAAUUACUAAUGUCCUCGUUGCUGAUCAAAAGUAUCCGAUUUCAUAUCUUCUGUGGGAAUAUCAGCAAUUUAUAAAUGGGGUGGGUUUUUUCAGUUCAAACAAUGGACAUUUGCUCAGCUCAUUUUCCUAAGUAACCAGUAAACUCAGUGGGAGGAAGAAGAUUCUCAUAAGCCUUAAAGAUCAAGAAGAAAAGCAGUUGAGAUGUAUUAAUCCACUCUGCUCUGUAAGAUUUUUAUUUUUUUUUAUAUUCACCCAUUCAAAGGAAAAACUCAUAUGUUCAUUAGAAUUAAAAUACUUGCUACUUUUGAUCAGACUUUUCAAGUUGGCAAAGGAAAUUGGUUUCAAUCGAUACAUUUGUGCUGUUGUUUACAUGAUUGCAUCAUACUGUGAUUCCUAUUUCAGUCUUCUAUGAUUUCUAUUUAUCUCUACAAUGUGCAUCAUACUAUUCAAAGAAUUAUAUUAAUAUUACUUACAACUCACAAUGGCCUUUAAUCAAUGUCAGUUUGAUUCCUUUUGAUACUGAGCAAUAAAUAAUAAAGUGACUGAGUAAAAACAAAACAGACCUUAUGUGGACUGUAUUACAUCUGAGAAAACUUUGCUUCUAAACCAAAGCUUUCAUGGUUAUCCUUUCUUUGUGUUGUUUGUUGGGGUUUUUUUUUGUCUUUUUACUGGGCUUUUGCUGCCAUUUGAUAUGGAGAUGUAAUUUAUGCCUAACUGAGCAAGAAGCACAUACAUGAGUCUUAUUUUAAGCAUGUAAUUCAUUGGCUAUUUGCAUGCUUAACCCUGAAGUGCUUUGCUGAAUUAAGGUAAAUUUCCUCAAUUUUAUUUUGUAUGCCUUACUCUGAAUCCAGAGGGGUAUCCCAUAUUUUUUUUCCUACCAUAUGCAGUUCACAAUAUAUACUGCAUUAGCAAGCAGUCAGAAGUCAGACAGAAGAUGGAAUGGACUUUAUCUGACAUAUGAUUAAAAAAAUUAAUAAUUUUAAAAGAUAAAUGCUGUUCACAUUUAAUUUAAUAUUCUACUUAAUAAAGACUAUGAGUUGGUUGCAAGAAGAA